AAUUAGUUCACGAGCAACAAUAAUGUGAAAGUGAGCAGAGAUCUGUCUUCACUAUUGGCCUUAAUACAUCAAAACUACACACCAUUUUACACAAUUAAAAUAAUAUAUAAUUAAUCUUAAGAUUCCCUGAAAUACACAGAAAAAUUACACAAAUUAAAACAUUGUUUUUAUAUAUAAUAUAACACCAAUAUUGAUCCACAGAUAAUUGAGCAAGCAUAGAGAGAUGGCUUCAUACAGUUGUUAUUUCACAAAAGUUUUGGUACUACUAUUCUUGAUUAUGAGCUAUUUUUCUUCUCUAACAAGUUGUAAAUCUUCAACUUCAAGGUUACCACACAACACUAUAACAGAAGAAGAUUUAGUUUCUGCCACGUGUAAGAAAACCCUUUACUUUCAACUUUGUGUAUCUUCCUUAAGAUCAGACCCUCAAAGUCAAACCUCGGAUCUAAGAGGUCUUGCUGUCAUUGCUUUGAAUCUCAGCAUAGAAAAUGGAGUCAAAGCCCUUUCUUACAUCAAUAAUCUAAUGUCUGAGGCUGCUUAUAAAGGCUCUCAAUUAGCGUCCACUGAUCUCAGUGACUGUGUAGAUGUGUACUCUGAUGCCAUCCAAAAUCUACAGGACUCUGUUCAAGCUCUAAACGACAUGUCGUUUGAUACUGUGCAGUCUUUUGUGUCUGCUGCAAUGACAGAUUCUGAGACUUGUGAAGAUGGUUUCAAGGAGGUGAAUGGCUUCAGUUCUCCUCUCACUGAACAAAACCACCAUUUCUCUCAGCUCUGUAGCAACUUCUUAGCGAUUACUACUCUUCUUCAUUGAAUUUUAUACAAAUGUAGUUUUUCUCUCUUGGUUUUUCUUUAUCUACUUUGUUUAAUUUAAAUUUAAUUUUAGUUUUUUUUUAUUUUAUUUUUCGUUUUGAGUUUAGUCUUAAUCUAAAGUAAUAUAAAUAAUUUAUAAAAGAAAAAAACAAAAUCAAGAGGCCAUUAAUUUAAAAAAUAUUUGGUGAAAAAAAUAAAUCUUGAAGCUCAUUAUAUAUUAUUAUAUCGUCUCAUAGCUAAUUAACCAAUUUAUUAGGAGGGAUGAUAACUCACAAGAUGAUGAAAAGUUUUGAAAGUAUGGUG